AUGUAUCUUAACCUGAGGAGGCAUAUUAAGCCAAUAUGGCACAUUAAGAAUAUUUUUUUAAAAAGCGAAAAAUUUACAGUGGAUAAACUACGGCAAGUGUUUGUGAACCAUGAUAAUAACUGUGUAAACACGCAAACGUAUUCGACCGAUUAUGGGUCUUUUUUUUUUAAUGAGACUUUUUUACGUCUCAAUAGAAAAAAUGAAAAUAAAAAUGUAUACGAAAUGAGAAGAGAUAGAGGAGGCACUGUUCGAAAGAAAUUGAGCAGAGAAAAAAAGAAAACUCAGAAGAAGCAAAAGAAGGAAAAAUCAGCUGACGUAUACAAAUAG